AUGGCGUGGGCUCUUAUGGCUGCGGCAGUCCUUAAGGAACCUCACGUUGAGGACACACCAAUUGAGAAUAGUAUUCCAGACAGCCAUGUCGAAGUAGAGGUUUACUAUUGUGGUUUGAGUUUCACGGAUAAUUACUUGCGCUUGGGAAUUAUGAGGAAUGACAUAUUCCCUGUGAUUAUGGGCAGUGAGUGCUGCGGUGUCGUAACGGGCGUGGGUAAUGGCGUAAGAGACCUCCAGGUGGGGCAGCGGGUCCUGUGCUUGAGAAUGCAGGGCGGUCUGUUCCGCCACAUCGUCCACGUGCCACAGGCGUGCUGCUUCGUGGUCCCGGACGCCAUGAGCCUCAGAACGGCAGUCAGCCUCGGUCUUAACUUCGUAGUGGCUCAUCUCUGUCUGUUUGAGUUUGGCUGCCCCAAGAGGACAAAAACCAUUUUCAUGGAUUCCAUUGGAGGCACAAACAGUUCGGCUCUAUAUCCAAAAGCCGCGGCAUGGGGAUUGAUUCGGCCGACAUGGGACAGCAAGCUGGUAACAACUGUAGAAAUGAUAAAGAAGAACCACACCAUGGUAGGUAUUAAUGUCGGCAGGUUGCUACAAACUUAUCCAAAGAAGAUACGAUUUGUUCUUGAUCGAAUAUUUGAGAUGCAUUCCAGUGGAAAGAUAACGCCUUGCGUUCAUUCCAUUCAACCUUUUGAAAGGGUUGUUGACGGACUCACGCAACUCUGCGAGAGAGAGAACUGUGGCAAAGUUCUCCUCGCAGUUGAUAAGAAGACCGAUGUCUGGGACGCACCAGUUCCUGUCUCAGGUCCGGCAUUCUCUCUCCCGGGUUGCUUCGGGCGUCCAGAAUGCAAAGACGAGCAGGCGGGGCUCGACGAAACGUGA